CAAGGUCACUGCAAGAGGGGCACAUUUCAAGCUGAGGUCCUCAGAUGUCUUUCUUCUCUCUGUAGUUUGUUUGAGCCUGCUUGUCUGCCUGUAGACGAACCUACACCAUCUAAAAGUAAAGAAGAAAAAUAGAACACAAAAUCUAAGGAAGUCCAUCAUAAAGUAAUGUAAAAUCUGGACGCCUAACACCCCCAAGUCAACUUGAUUCGUGUCAGGUUUGAAUCAAUCCCAACCAAGUGAUACAAAGCUGAUUACGCAAGGAUUCCAUGAACUGACCCUGAUUUUCCUCUGCCAGUCAUUCAGUGAGUCAGAGUGUGAGUUGACACCUGAGCUGAGCCAUGGGGUUUGGCUGUCCUGAGGGUCACUUCUGGGAUGGCUUGGUGAGGAAGUGUCUGACCUGUCAGAUGGUCUGCCAGCAGCCUCACCACCACCUCAGAUGCAUUGAGUACUGUGUUUCUCUAGGGUGUAAGGCAGUCCCAGGGCAGUACUACGACAGGCUGUUGAAGAAGUGUCUGACGUGUGCUGUCGUGUGUGGCAACCAUCCCUCAGAGUGUUCCCACCAAUGUCAGAACCAACAGCCUGACUUGAGUGCAACCCUGAGGCCUGUGGAUGGGACAGUCUUCCAGAACCCUACCACCAAGGGGGGCUCCCUACUCAGUGGUGUGCCUAACUCAGUCAUCCUGGUGUACUCUCUGCUGGGCUUGUGUCUGGCUCUGCUGCUGUUGACCCUGUCUUUGGCCCUGCUUGUGCUGCUGAGGAGGGCCAGUGCCAGAGGUCCCCGACCAGGGGCCACACAGAGCAGUCCCACCCAGGGCCGUGGAAGCCAGAAGGCCCAAGAGCCUAACCAGCACAGCAAGUCCUCCAAAGACAACCUGAUGGAUCCAUCCCUGCCCAAGCUGAACAGUGUGACAGCAGGCCGUUCGCCCAGCCCAAUAGAGACCUGUGUGUGUGUCCACUGCUUCCCUGACCUCAGAGUGCCUGGCAGAGGUGAGAAGCAGCAGAGACCCCCUCUCACCCUCUACCAGCAGGCUGUCUCCCAGGACCUCCACACUCCUACCAGACGACUCACUUGUGGAUCAUCAGAAAAAAUAAUCUGCUCCCCCUCUCAGCCUAGCUUCUGACAGGAGCAGAACUGAAACCGACUGGACACUACGGCAAUCAUAGAAAUCCUAUUAAAUGACUAGAGGGGCUAUGCCAUAAACCCUCAAAGUUCCAUAAUGGGGUGAAAAUGGCAGCAAUCUUGGUCAGGGAGAAAUACAAAACCAGUCUAAUUGGAAUGAAUGGCAGCAGCUUCAUAGGUGAUGCAUUUCCUGCUUUUACUGAUGCAGGAAAAUAAAAGCAAGGCAGAUGAUGUAUUAGAAAUUGUGUGAUGUAAUUAGUCAUUCUAAAAACAUUUGAUACUGGUUUUAUACCAAUUGUCUGUACAAAUACCUUCUAAAAUACAUGUAAACAGACCAUACGUCUUAGUUUUCUUGAAAAACGGUGUGCUACUCUAUGAUAAAAUAUCAGUACUUGUUUGCAUUUAGGUCUCAUCAACUGAUUUGAGCCAGUGUAUAGCUGUGUAUUGUCUGCCUUGUUUGAAUGGAAUGUUUGCUUGUUGGCAGUUAGACACAUUUAUGGUGUCAUUCCUCAAAAACUGGUUGGCCAGCUAGCUAGCAAACACCCAUACUGUCAUGCUGUCAUGUUUCACCUGUCCUUGUGAUUGUCUCCACCCCCUCCAGGUGUCGCUUAUUUAUCUGUGUUUCCUGUCUCUUUGUGCCAGUUCGCCUUGUAUGUUUCCAAGUCAACCAGCGUUUUUCCCGUUCUCCUGCUUUUUGCAUUCUCCUUUUUCUAGUCCUCCUGGUUUGGACUCUUGCCUGUUUCUGGACAUUGUACCCGCCUGUCUGACCAUUCUGCUUGCCUUGACCACGAGGCUGUCUGCCACUCUGUACCUCCUGGAGUCUGAUCUGGUUUUGACCUUUUUGCUUGUUCACGACCAUUCUCUUACCUACCCCUUUGGAUUAAUUAACAUUUUAAGACUCCAACCAUCUGCCUACUGUGUUAGCAUGUUGGUCUCACCUUGUGCCUUGAUACACACAGAGCGGAUCAAUUCUUCACAUUCAUUAUUUGACACAAUAUCUUAUCACAGCACUGGCAAACCAAGGUUGACCAUGACCAUCAUGGCUGACCUUUGGACCAUCAUGAGGUUCAUGGCCAUUCUAGUAUUAUAAUUCUAUUAUAAUCGCAAUAAAACAACCCUAGACAGAUGACACGCCCACUCCAGGGUAGUUUACCCUAGGUACAGAUCUAGGAUCAGCUUGCCCUCCACAAUCCUAACCUGAACCAUUAGGAGGAAAAAAACAAUAACUCUAAACUGUCCCAAGAUCAGCCACAUCUAUGGUGAACUUCACCUGGCCUACACCAUGCAUACCAGAAACAACUGUGAUGUGAGAAGUCUGGAGAGCAGAAAUUAAAUAGGUGGUAAAGGAUACACAAUAAACGGUAUUGAGGGAGUAACAGAGAACAUGAUUUAUGCCUGUAUGUACUCACCCCAAAUGACACCCGCCGCAUCUCUCGGG